AUGCCAUCGUUGCCCAGUGAAACUAUGGACCAUGUCAAAAUCAGAGUAAAUAACGUUUACGAUGAGUUCUCGGUGGGUUUUGCUAUGGAAAUUGGUUGUAAUCGCAUGUUCAGUGGCAACAAAUGUUGUUCGCCACGUUCGUUUUCCUCUCGCUCAUCAUGUGCGGUUGCUGGUGUCUUUGUGCUGCGAAUCAGUUGAAUCGAGGUUCAAAAUAUAAAAAAAUCGAUCGGCCCACAAUGAAUUUCAGAAGAGAUUGACACUUAUCACUUAGAAAGCGAGUUCCUUUCGGAUGACGAGAAAGAGAAAAGAACGAAAGGCGGCGCUGACGAGCCGGAUGAAUCGGAACGACUACAAAAUUACUUGAAUUCGGUUCGAAAAACUGUCUACAAAAUCCCCAAACCAAUCUGUUUCAGCUCAUCGACAAUUUGUGUUUUGUGAAGAAAGAAGAAGUCUUCUAA